GAGAUAAACUGUGGAUUCAUGACUUGACUGAAGAAAACCUGAAGACAAAACAAAGUGUGAAUAAUAAAAACCCAUCCAAGAAGACAAACCCCAAAGAGAAAGACCACUGUACACAUUUAAGUUGGAUGUUUUGCUGUUGCUCAAAUCCUGGCUGGGUUCUUUGUGCUUGCAUGCUCUCCUUUGACACGUGUUCUUCCCACAGGCCAAAAACCCGCUUCAUAGGUUCGUUGGUGUUUUAAAUUGCCCCUAGGUGUGCAUGAGUGCGUGUGAGUGACCCUGCAACAGACUGGCGACCUGUUCAGGAUGUACAACCAACUGUAGGUGGGAUGGGCUCCAGCACCCUGGAAGGGAUUUAGUGGGUUCUGAAAAUGCAUGGACGGGUUGGGUUUGGGUCUUCAGAGAAACAACUUUUAUUUUUCAUCACCCUCAUGCACACAAUUUUGGGCCCACAGAGAAACAUUUUGUGUUAUUUGAACAUCUCAGGUGAUGAAAUGUCAUGAAUCAAACAAGAGGUCUCCAUGAUGAAACCCUUCUUUUUUAAAAUAAACCUUUCAUUUCAGGUUUUGCUGCAUUUAAAACAACUUUCGUUCCAAACAUCAGCAGACAUUUGUGAUUUCUGUUGGUCUAACUCUAUAAUGUGUCUGUCUGCAGCCGCCCACUCACCUCUUUGACCACUUAAGGUAAAGCGACAUUUGAAACAAAGAGGGAGAGGGGAACAAAAGCCUCUGUGGAUGCUGCAGAUAUGAAGCAGCCGGGACCACGUGGAUCUGUCAGACGCGCUCCUCCACGACAGGAAAUGAGAACAUUCUGGUUAUAAAAUAUGGAGCUGAUCAUUGUGCAUUCAACUGCAGACUUGUGCAUUUAGAUGGGAGGUAAAUACACAGCUUGCGCGUGUUGAGGUGUUUCCCUCACGGAGGGUUUACACUCCCGAGUUUGAACCCGAUGAACUCCAUCUCCUGCGCACAAUGAAUAAAUAAAUCCCCUGACUUGCAGCAUCUCUCGGACGCCAUGGCAACCCUGAAGGGGGGCAGGAGGGGCGGACUCCUAGCCCUGCAUCCGAGCGAGAGUAACGAGCCUUCUGGUAUUGUGUUGUAGUCUGUGGUCAGGACGACUAAGGGGAGAGCUCCGCGCAGGCAGCAGCGGCUGCAGCAGCAGGGGGGUGGAGGCAGGCUGGAGUCUGGCGUAGGAUGUUGCGUCUGAAGCUGAUCAGACUCGGAGCUGCGAUGCAGUGACAGCCUACAAGGCGGCGCACACAGACUCACGCACGCAGCGACGGAGACGAGGGCAGGAGCAGCACACGAAUGCGCACCGGGAAGGAUCCGCUCCUGGACCAUGGCACCGUCGGGAUCGCGGAGUAUCAAGCGGGGCUGCCAGAGAGUUCUGUACUGGAUCCCGGUCCUGUUCAUCGCGGUCAUCGUGGCUUGGUCGUACUAUGCGUAUGUUUUGCAGCUUUGCAUUGAGUCCAUAGAAGACACGGGAGAAAAGGUGGUGUACUUGCUGGCGUACCACGUCAUUUUCCUCAUGUUUGUGUGGGCCUACUGGCAAACCAUCUUCACCAAGCCGAUGAACCCCCUGAAGGAGUUCCACCUGUCGCACUCUGACAAGGAGCUGCUGGAGAGUGAAAACCGGGGGGAGUCCCAGCAGGAAAUCCUGAGGAGGAUCGCCAAGGAUCUGCCAAUUUACACUCGCACCAACUCUGGAGCGAUCCGUUAUUGUGACCGCUGCCAGCUGCUGAAGCCUGAUCGAUGCCACCAUUGUUCAGUCUGUGAUAAAUGCAUCCUAAAGAUGGAUCACCACUGCCCCUGGGUGAACAACUGUGUGGGAUUCUCCAACUACAAAUACUUCAUGCUGUUCCUAGCAUACUCACUGCUUUAUUGCCUUUUUGUAACAGCAACCGAUCUUCAGUACUUCAUUAAGUUUUGGACAGCUGGUGGUAAAGCACAUUUCCGUCUGAAAGAAUACCUGAAAGGCCUCCCGGACACCCAGGCGAAGUUCCACAUCCUCUUCCUCUUCUUCUCGGCGUCCAUGUUUUCCGUCAGCCUGGCUUCGCUCUUCAUCUAUCACUGCUGGCUCGUCUGCAAGAACAGAUCCACGCUCGAGGCAGUGCGAGCUCCUGUGUUUCGUCAUGGCACGGACAAGAACGGAUUCAGUUUGGGGGUCAGUAAGAAUUUCCGCCAAGUCUUUGGAGAUGAAGCGAAGUACUGGCCUGUUCCUGUCUUCUCCAGUUUGGGCGAUGGCUGCUCAUUCCCAACCUGCCUGGUAAAUAUGGACCCCGAGUCACCCACGAGCUCCAACUCUGCCAGCAAGAGUUCAGCAGAGGGCCGCCAUCAGUUCCCGUCCAAACCGCUGAGAGAGAGCCAGAGCAGGCUGCUCACCAGCACCCCCUCCUGGGCAGAAAAUGAAAGUGCAGCAGACAAGGAAAGGAAAGGCGCCAACAACCCUGGAAUGACCAUAGAGAAUGAAGCUUGAGUCCGGUCGACAACUUUGAACCACAAAAUGGAUGGAUGGAUGCCGCCCCCCUCUGUGCCUGUCAGAGUGUGACGUGGUGUAGACAUCCGCCCCCUGAGGCGGAGUUAUUCUUCUUCUCGUUAGUUAUCAUCGCUAUUCUUAUCACCUGUUUGUCUGAGUCCGGCAAACGGAAAUCCGAAUUGCAUUCCAGCGAUCGGCUGUGAUCUGUAUGUAAAUAUGCACACGGCAGUGGUGGAGUUGAUGUUUUGUAUUUGUCUUUUCUAAAUGAGCAUCAGAUGAAUUUUUCCUGAAAAUUCUGUACAAAAUAAUUAGAAAAAGCAGUUUGCCAAAUGUUGAAGAUGGUUACAAAAAGUAAACGUGUGGAUGUGCAGACGGUUAGUUUUCGGCGUGUUUCUUGAAGGAGGCGGACUCUUCUUCCCUCCCCAUGGAGUAUUGUGUAAGUGACGCAUGUUCUCAUCUCAGGAUGUCAACACAAACUUGUUUUCGAAGCAAAAAAAAAAAAAAAAA